ACCGACGUCCGCCGCAGAGUCUAGUGCAUCGUGGACCCGCGGCGUGUCGAGAGGCGGUCCGGACUGUCCUCCCCCUCCGACAGGAUGACAGCCUGCAAGAAGAACACCCUGGACAGGGAGGCGUCCUUCAUCCGCCAGGAAAAGAGCCCGCGAUGGUUCUUCGGCAAGAUUCGGAAGCCGUUCCUGGAGACGCUCAAGAAGACCGACAUCCAGGAAUGCCGACGGUCGUGGCUGUGUUGCGGCAGAGAGGACGAGGAGCCGGUGGAGGCCAGCCCGACGGGCCGCUGCAGCCUCGGGGAUGUGGCCAACGCCAAGCCCGGGGAGCUGGAAUUCAUCUCCCUGGAGCCGCAGCCCAGGCGGAGGAAGACGGACGGCGCACCACGGUGGCGAGGCAUCGCGUUCUUACUCGCGGCGUGCCUCUUCUGCUUUUCCGGCUCCUGCAUCAUGUGGACCACGGACGCCUUCCACGACUUUGUCGCCAAUCAAAUGGUGCUGGACGCGAACAAGGGGAGCUUUGCCUGGUGGGUCACGCCACCAAUCAACCCCUGGUUCAGGGUGUACAUCUGGAACUACACCAACUGGGACGAGUACACUAGAGACCGCAGUAUUAAAAUCAAGCUCAAGGAGGUCGGCCCCUUCACUUACAGAGAGGUGAUCAGGCGAGAGGCUAUCGAGUUCGACGAGAAGGGCAUCACCCUGUCGUACAGGGAGGUGAAGACCUACGAGUUCAUGCCCGAAAUGUCCGCCACUGAGGACCUGAACGCCACCGUGGUCGUCCCGAACAUUCCUUACUUCGGCGCCAAGGCCAAGGUGGCGGGCUGGGGGCAGGGCCUGUUCGGCACCGCGGGCUCUGUCAUCCUCAACCUGUCGUCUAGAGCCUUCAAGCUCAACCCCCUCAUCUCCGUGACGGCCAACGGCUUCAUCUGGGGCUACGACGACAACCUCUUCACCCUGUCCAAGCUCGACCCCACCAACAAGGUCCCCAUGGACCAGGUCGGCUUGCUGACCAUGAAAACGAUCCCGGACGACUUGACGAUCCUGACGGGGGCGGCGGACAUCGACAAGCUGUCCUACUUCGUGCGCUUCAACCACAAGUCCUCGCUGGGCGCGUGGUCCGAGCCGGCCUGCAACUCGUUCGAGGGCUCGGACGGCUCCAUGUUCCCGCCCAGGAAGGUGCGCGCCAAGGACACCCUGUACGCCUACAAGCCGGAGGCCUGCCGCCUCAUCAAGUUCAUCUUCCAGCGCAAGUCCUUCGCCCAGGGGGUGCGCGCUCAUCGCUACAUCUUGGACCAGAACACCUUCAUGUCGCCGCGCGUCAACCCCGACAACUUGUGCUUCUGCAACCAAACCGACCUCCAAGAGUGCCCCCUGGAUGGCAUCUUCGACACCAGCCCCUGCGCACACGGCGCACCCAUGUACAUCUCGUACCCUCACUUCUACCUGACGGACCCCGCUGCUCUCGAGCCGUUUGAAGGGAUGCACCCGGACGCCAAGGAGCAUGACAUGUUCGCAGACAUCCACCCGCGCCUGGGCAUGACCCUGUCGGGCAGGUCCCGGCUGCAGUUCAACCUGCGCGUCGUCAAGGAGACGCCGCACCUGGACGUGGGCAUGGUGCUGCCAGUGGCGUGGUUCGCGCAGGACCUGCCGUCGUACGACGCCGGCUUCAAGACCAUCAUCAUCAUCGCGAGCUACGCGCUGGACUUCCUGGAGUUCGUGCUGCUGUACGUGCUGCCCGUGGCCGCCGUGCUGACGGCCCUCGUGCUGGCGCGCAGGCUGCUGCUGCUGGCGCGGCGCAGCCCGUACGCCGCGGCGCCCACGUCCGCGGAGAACGCCGUGGAGCACGCCGACGAGCGCCCGGAGGACGGCGAGCAGGAGCUGGCCGCCUGCGCCUGAGCCGCGUCGCCGCCGUCAACAAGGACAAAGGACGUGCAUCGCGGGGCGCGUGCCGGCCGCGGAGCCCCGACGACGCGCAGUUUUUGUUUUUGUUUCGAUUACUCCGGUGAUUUCCGUUAGCCAUUGGUUAACGACUUGUGAUAAGGACUCCGUCGUCGUGACGCGGAGGCGACGCGCUCUCUCCCUAGGAGUGCUAAGAACAGGGUGAAGUUCGUGUUCGUGUGAGAGCGUGUGUGUGUGUGUGAUUAUGUGUGCCUGUGUGUUGAUUUUAGAGUGUACGUAUAUGUGUGUGUGAUUAAAAAACAGUCAGUUUUUGUAUGCAUACGGACGGAGUGGAUAAACCGCUUCUUAUUUUAUAGGUGAAAACCAAAUUAAUUAUAGUAUCAUUAAUUUGUAAUUCUUGAAGAGUUGUAUCCAACUGGGGUCUCAUUUUUGCCUGUGAAAAGAGUUUGUCCCCCGAAAUAGCGACAAAUUUUUGUCAAGUACGUAUGAUAAACACUGUCUCGAAUUUGUCGCUUUUUUGGCAAUUUUAAUUUGACUCGCGUGCUUAUUUAUGGACGAAAUUGCUCUCCUUCUUAUCACUUGUAUUCAGGGUGACGAGGGCCAUUCUCGAACAUGUUUCAUUUUAUUGUAUAUUGAUUCACUUCUCUUGCAUCGCACGGACACAGCCAACGUUCCUCAUUACUCUCAUUUUAUUAUUCUCAU